AUGUCCGUUCCAACAUUGAACUACACCCACUUCACCUCGGGAACCCAAGAGCAGCGUGAAACUUUUGCCCUUGACCUUCUAGACAGCUUUGAGAGGACUGGGUUCGCCAAGCUCAAAGCCCACACCUUUGAUGCGCCGGAAUUGAAGGAAUUGUUCACCUGGGGUCACAAAUUCUUUGAUCAGCCAUUGGAUGUGAAGAAUGAAAUUCCGAAUGAGACAGGCCCUCGUCCUAUGCGUGGCUACACCCCAUGGAGGGUCGAGGAAGUUGGAAGACUUCACCGUGAUGCGAGAGUUAGACUCAUGAAAGAUUCCAAGGAACAUUUUGAUCAAGGUCCAAGCUAUGACACUGAGUUCCCAAACCAGUGGCCUAAAUCACCUGAGCUGUCCGGCUUCAAACGAUUUAUGGAAGACUUUUACCGCCAAUGCGACGAUACCUGCCUGACACUCAUGGCAGCUCUUGAGGUCGCUUGGGGUAUCGAUGAUGGAUCGUUGGUCGCACGCUGUGUCCCCAGCGCGACCGACCUCCGACUCACCCACUAUCCUGCAAUUCCCGUUGAAGAGAUGCAGGGUAACCGGGCGAGUCGUAUCGCACCCCACACCGAUUUUGGUCCUAUCACGCUUCUGUUCCAGGACAGCACCGGGGGUUUGGAAAUUGAAGACCGCGAUGAGAAUUCGAAGACAAAGUCUUUUGUUCCACUGCCACCCGCCGAUACGACAGAGAUGAUUGUCAAUGUUGGCGAUACGCUAACCCGCUGGACAAAUGGAAGAAUCACCGGUGGCAUCCACCAGGUGACUGCCCCAGAGGCAAUGAAGCACAGUAGCGGCCUGACUAUUCCACCACGAAUGUCCAUGGCCUAUCUCUUCAAGGCGGAACGGAAUGUCUCGGUUGGUCCAUUGCCAAAGUUUGUAUCGGACAAGCAGCCUGCCAUCUAUCCCGAUAUGACAGCAUUCGAAUUUCAGCAAUGGAGAAACAGCACUGUGUACGGACUGAAUGAGCAAGAACAUCUGAGCGAGAAGGAACAGAUGAACGAGAAGGAGCACGUGAUCAGCGCUAGUAGUUGGAAGAAUAUGCCCAAAGCUAUCCAGCUACAGGCGUGA